AUUUUACAGAGGUCCACACCUCAAACACAGGAAAAGAAGAGAAGGCUGUAGCAGAGUAUAACUGAGACUACAACUGCAACAACAGGUGGAGUAAGUGUUGGAUCAUCCACUGUGUAAUGCCUGCUGGUCUGUCCAAUUAACUGUGUGCUCAGGUGGGCUCUCCGAUUCCUAGUACUGUAUGAUCUGGCAUGCUUUAAGAUUUAGAAGCACCAGGUCAUAUUUGAAGCAUAUGUACAAUGUGAGGUGGGAAACAGGUCCUUAACUCCUUCAUUAAGAGCUCAAGUGAGGUGGUGAAUCAACGGCGUUGGAGAAUCUAGUGCGCCUGCCUGACAGCCCCAUCAUCUCAGUGUUCAUGAGAGAUUCUGGAUUGAUUGCCACUGGAAGCAGAGAAGGUCCUUUAUCCACAGUGCAGGAGUCUACAACAACCGGAGGAUUGAUAUCUGAGUCUUUGGGUUGUCAUCAAGAUGAACCAUGCACUUCUGAAUUAUCAAAUUCAGCACGUGCUCUAGGUAUUAUGCUGAAUGACUCUGAUCGACUGCUGCCCUCUUCUCGCUCUCCCUUUCAUUUAGAUCUCCAGGGAGAAAUCAUCCCAACCUCUAAUGCUGUGUCAGAGUUACACUUUGGGAAUGGUGGUUUCCGUAUUAUGGAACAAGUUGUAAGUUCACAGUCUCUGGCAUUUGAAUCUGAAUCCAGCCUUGGCAACAUGGAAAACCGUUCUCCUGCAGUUUUAGAUGAUAAAGGUGAACAAAGUAAUGAGGAGGAACAAAAAACUAUCAAGCCUACAAGUAAGGAGUUCAAGAAAACAUGGGGUUUUCGAAGGACUACAAUUGCCAAACGAGAAGGUGCAGGAGAUGUUGAUGUGGACACUCAUGAACAACAGCCACAGCAGCAGCAAAGCCUGUCUCUCAGACGUAGUGGACGGCAACCCAAGCGUACUGAAAGAGUGGAAGAAUUUCUUACAACAGUAAGACGUAGAGGUAGGAAGAGUGUUCCUACUGCUCUUGAAGAUUCAAGUGAACCAGCAUCCUGUCCGGUUACAGAUGUUGAGACUGCCUCUGAAGGCAGUGUAGAGAGCACUCCAGAUAUAAAAACUGGCACUCAGAAGAGUGACUCUAAAGACAAUAAGGGUCAUUCAGUCUUGAAAAGCAGAGGUGCAGAUGAUGAUGAUGAUGAUGAUGAUACCUCUGAUAGUGAUAGCGAUGGAUUGACUCUGAAAGAACUACAAAAUCGUCUAAGAAACAAACGCAUUGAACAAAAACCUGAAGAAUUAACAUUGAAAGAGAUACAGAACCGCCUUAGGAAAAAACACCUGGAACAAAAUCCUACAGAAACAGUUGAUGUCCAGGCAGGAAAUGAAAUUAAGACCGAGCUACCUGUCAAACAAGAACCCGAGUCUACGGAUAACAUUGAGUCAGGAAGUCAAGUAGUUGUAUCUGAGGAACAUACUGAAGAUCUUCAAGUUAAAAAGGAAAUAAAACCUGCCCUGGAAACAAAGGAGAUGAAAGGUGAAGAAUCUGAAGAGUUCACAAAAAGCAAAUCUGAGUCUGAGAUUUAUGACCCAAAUACACUAUAUUGUAUCUGUCACCAGCCUCAUAACAACAGGUUUAUGAUUUGUUGUGAUAGAUGUGAGGAAUGGUUUCAUGGUGACUGUGUGGGGAUUUCUGAGGCUCGUGGGAGGCUGUUGGAAAGGAAUGGGGAGGACUAUAUCUGCCCAAAUUGCACCAUUCUGCAGGGGCAGGAUGAGACAGUUUCAGAAACAGAUCAGCAAGAGACAAAGUUAAGGCAAGUAAACAUGGAUGGUACAGAACUCACAAGUAUAGGAACAGUUGAACAAAAGUCCAUUGAGGAUCAAGGAAUCAAGGGUAGGAUUGAAAAAGCUGCAAAUCCAAGUGGGAAGAAAAAACUCAAGAUAUUUCAACCUGUAAUUGAAGCUCCUGGUGCAUCCAAAUGCAUUGGUCCUGGCUGUUCUAAUGUGGCUCAGCCUGAUUCUGUAUACUGCAGCAAUGACUGCAUUCUCAAACAUGCUGCUGCUACCAUGAAAUUUCUCAGUGCAGGAAAAGAACCAAAGCCAAAAGAGAAGAUCAAAUCAAAAUCUGAGAGAUCCACGGUUCUAAAAUCUCAGGUGCAGACAGGUACUAAGCCUUUGUCCACCCAGAAGAGACUAACUCCCGAGAAAAGAGAGAUUAACAUGAAGAAAAGUAUGGUGACAGCCACUAAAACUGAAGCAAAUACCCAACCAGUUGCUAAAGAGCCGGCAUCUGAAAACAGCACACCAUCGUGGGCAAGCGAUCAUAAUUACAAUGCAGUAAAGCCAGAAAAGACUGCUGCCAUUUCAUCUUCACUGUUAUUCAAAUCCCAGAAGGAAGAGAAGAAGAGUGAGGAUAAACCAGUAGAACCUGUUACAGCAUCAAAAAAAGGGGUUGUUUCAGCUUCUACAGUUGAGAAACAGAUGUCUUCCAUGUCCAAAACUGUUGGUCCAAAGAAGUCCCCAUCAUUUACUAGUACUUCACUAACUAAACAUCCAACUAAAUAUUCUGCUGCAGGCUUCAAAGGUGUGAUUCCUAAGAAAUCUUGGCUUUCAUCUGGCAAUGUUCCUUCUUCAAAACAGUCACCUCUUUCCCAUGGUUCACCAUCAGUUUCCAGAAAAUCACCUGUAUCUUCCAAUUUAGCUGGAGGACUAAGAAAAACUGCAACAUCAUCUACUUCUGUUUCAACUACAUCUGCAAUCACACAAAUAAAAGGAGCAGCUAAUCCACAAUCACAACCCAACUCUCAAAUUCGACAAAAUAUACGUCGAUCCCUCAAAGAAAUUUUAUGGAAAAGAGUCAAUGAUAGUGACGAUCUGAUCAUGACAGAGAGUGAAGUGGGAAAGAUAGCACUGAAUAUUGAAAAGGAAAUGUUUAACUUAUUUCAAGUUACAGACAACCGAUAUAAGAGUAAAUAUCGCAGUAUCAUGUUCAAUCUCAAGGACCCAAAAAAUCAGGGGCUUUUCCAUCGUGUUCUUCGUGAAGAAAUUUCUUUGUCAAAGCUAGUGAGAAUGAAGCCAGAAGAACUUCUCUCGAAAGAGCUGUCUGUGUGGAAAGAGAAACCAAUUAAAUCAAUACCAGAGUCAAGAAGUAAGUCUCAUGAAAGCAAGAAGUCAGCCAUAAAACAGGAAAAUAUACCAGAUGUAAAUAUGGAAGAUUCUCCACCAGUGUCUGACUCAGAUGAGCAGCAAGAAUCAGCCCGAGAUGCACCAGAGAAAAGUAGUGCUCCUCUUCUAGAUAUUUUCAGCAGUAUGUUAAAAGACACAACAAGUCAGCAUCGAGCCCAUCUUUUUGACCUGAACUGCAAAAUUUGUACAGGUCAGGUUUCAGCAUAUGAUGAUGAACCAACACCAAAGAAAUCUAAAUUGUCAGUGACUUCUUCUAAAAAGACGGAGACACAAUCAAAACCAGAAGUAAAGCCAAAAUAUGAAAGUUCUACACCAACUACAGAGCCUGAAACAGAAGCAGUAUCUGAAAACACAACAGAAACUUUUGGAUCUGUAACAGAAACACUCUCUCAGUCAGUCUUGGAAACAACUUACUUCCCUACAACACAGGGGCAUAAUAAUGCAGAAGCUACUUUGCCUGAAGAGGUCUCCAUUUAUCCUACCUCUUGCAUUGCAGGAGUUGUCACUACGGUAACUGUUUCUGGCAGGGACCCCAGAACAGCAAUGAGCAAUUCCUCUGGAAUUGUGACCUCCACAUCGCAUUCCAGCCCUGCACCUGACAAAGUUUCCAUGGGGGAAUCCAAACAAGAAAUCUCCAAAUCUGUUUUAACAACCCCUAAAUCAAUUUUAACAAAGCCAUCAUCUUCACCAGAUCCAAGAUAUUUGACAGUUCCACCAUCACCAAAUAUCAACAUCACAGAGUCACGGUCACCUCAGGAUGGAGAUACUUCGUUCUUUCUCUCUCGUCUCAAUACCAUUUGGAAAGGAUUUAUUAACAUGCAAAGUGUGGCCAAGUUUGUCACUAAAGCAUAUCCUGUGUCUGGGUGUUUUGAAUAUCUUAGUGAGGAUUUACCAGAUACAAUUCAUAUUGGUGGGAGGAUCUCACCGAAGACAGUCUGGGAUUAUGUUGGCAAACUGAAAUCUUCCCUUUCUAAGGAACUGUGUUUGAUUCGUUUCCACCCUGCUACAGAGGAAGAGGAAGUGGCCUAUAUUUCUCUCUACUCCUAUUUUAGCAGUCGUGGUCGUUUUGGUGUUGUAGCUAAUAACAACAGACACGUCAAGGAUCUCUAUCUGAUCCCACUGAGUGCUAAGGACCCAAUUCCAUCCAAACUCUUGCCCUUUGAGGGACCAGGUCUUGAAUCAUCACGUCCAAAUUUAAUUCUUGGCUUAGUGAUUUGUCAAAAAGGUAAACGUCCUGCAACUGUUCUGGAGUCGGACAAGAUGGAAGAAAAGCGAAGCAGAAUUCAAAUACAGGAAGAAAAUGAAGUAUCGGUGUAUCCUAAAGGCCCUCUUGCUUCUCAGCAAGAAAAGAAACUUCCAAAAUACACACUUUAUACUGGAGAUACAGCUGUAGGUACAACACCACCUGGUUCACCACCACCACCACCACCACCACCACCGCUUCCCAUUCAAGAACCAUCUCCAAUGACACCUUCAGUGUUAAAAAUACUGUCAUCAAUUAAAACCGGAACCACAACAACCAUGACACUGCCAGUUCCAACUUCAGCAACAGUCACUGGCACAACAACAUCCUCUCCAACAACUUCAAAAACAGCCACACCUCUUGAGCACAUCCUUCAGACUCUUUUUGGAAAAAAGAAAACUUUUGAUUCUGUUACUAAGGACCCUGAAACUGUUCAGUCAUCAAAUCAGGAAGCUCAACUUACAAUUGAUGGAGGAUCAGCUGCUCCUUUAUUAGAUCCAAUUGUACAGCAGUUUGGGCAGAUGUCCAAAGAUAAAGUUAUAGAAGAGGAGGAAGAUGACAGACCAUAUGAUCCUGAAGAAGAAUAUGAGCCAGACGGAGGUUUUGAAAUACACACAGGUGAAAGUGAAAAACUUUACGAUCUUGAAAAGCCUUGUGAAACAUCUGAACAGGAGGAUGAGGCCUAUGAUCCAGAAGAUGAAACUAUCUUAGAAGAAGCAAAAGUUACUGUUGAUGAUUUACCUAAUAAAAUGUACACAGAUGUGAAAAGCAACACUGUGGAAACAUCUGCCCCAUAUGUAUCUGAUCUGCCUGCUUCCUCGUCCUUGGUAGAACAGCAGAAAAUGUUGGAAGAAUUAAACAAACAAAUAGAAGAACAGAAACGGCAACUGGAAGAACAAGAAGAAGCCCUUAGACAACAAAGAGCAGCUGUUGGUGUUUCAAUGGCUCACUUUUCAGUGUCUGACGCUUUAAUGUCACCGCCACCAAAAUCGUCCAUAACAAAGACUGACUUAUUCCAACAGGAACAACAAACUACAGAAAAAUCAGAUAUACCUUCAUCCUCAAAUCAGCAAGCCCAAGUGCUAAACCAGAGCUCUGAUCUAAGACAAAGUAGAGAUCCUCGACAGGCUAGAAGAAUGGUAAUGGAGAAUAAUGACAGUGCUGAUUCUCGGAUAAAGCCACAAAUAGUGCACAAUGAGACACUUACAAAAGAAGUUCUUCCACUCAGUUAUCCAGGUUCAUUACAGACUUCACUUGACAAGGAAGAUAAAACAUUAAUUUCUGCUACCGCUACUGGGUAUAGUGAGGAUAAGUGGGUUCCAAGUGAAAAAGUUGCUACUGUGUCUGAACAAGGUGCAUCUAAUAUCAAGAUGGAAAACACUGCUAAAGUUCAUCUGGAAAAUGUGAAUCAAACAGCUUCUGGAGAAACUUCCACAGCCAAACCAAUACGUAAAGUACUGCUUCCAACACCUCCCAGUACAUCUUUUCAGCGCAAUUUCCCUAUACCAAAUGAUGGUCAGUCUUUGCAAGAUUUGCAUAAAGUACCUUGGUCAAAUGAGUCACAAGAUAUUAAUUCACCAUCAGUAGAAAGAGAUUCUUUUUCAAAUCCAAACUUUACAGCUCAGGAAAAGACAGUUGGUCACUUUGAACCAGAAAGAAGUCUCUCUUCAGUACAAUACGAAGAUCAAAGAAACUCUCAGUCCCGUCAGUUUGCAGAACAAACUGAAUCUCCAGCUGUUCAGAGUGAGGGCGAAAGAGGACCUCAACACUUUGAAGAAAACCGAGGAGGGCCUCCAUUUCCUUUGCCAGGGCAAAAAGGAGGAGUUCCACCACUGAUGUUUGGUACAUCUGUGGGACCUCAUGGACCCAAUUAUCUUGGACAGAGAUGGUUCUGCUCCAAAUAAUGAUGGAGAAAGAGGACCUCCACCUGGCAGAUUUGGAGGACAAAAAGGAAAUAUUCCUUCAUUGUUUUCUACACAACAUGGGCCAUCUCCUCUUUUUGGUGAUAAUAGGGGUCCUUCAUCUUCCUAUCUUGGUGGUCCUAGAGGAAUGUCACCAUCUCAGUUUGAAGAUCGUAGGGAACCUCACAUGGAACAAAGGGAUUUUCCAGAUUCACAAUAUAAUGAAAUGAUUAGGCCUCCUGGACAGUUUGAAGGACCAGAACCCCCCCAGUUUAUGGGAAAUAGGGGGCCUUCACCUUUUCAUUUUGGAGGUCAAAGAAGACCUCCACCAUCUCAGUUUAAAGGACAAAGAGGAGGGCCUCCACCACCUCAGUUUGGAGGGCCAAGAGGUCCUCCACCUAGUCAUUUUGGAGGAUCAAGAAGUCCUCAUCCAAAUCAAUUUGAAGGGCAAAGAGGUCCAGCUCCA